UGUGCUGCAGGUGUCGUCUGCUAGAUGGCGCGCUUUUGCUUUUCACCAAUUCACCAAAUAAAUACUGACUGACGAGUUUACAAGAUGGCCGCUGCGGAGUCGCCAGGUCCGAUCACCGACUGGCAGAAAAACAUAACCUGCAGGUACUUCAUCCACGGUGUUUGCCGGGCAGGUGACAACUGCAGAUAUGCCCACGACAGAUCAGGGAAAGACGCCAAUAUUUGCAAAUUUUAUCUAGGCGGAAACUGUCGCUUUGGUACCAAUUGCAGAUUCGAUCAUGUGAAACCAAACUCAAAGACCUCACUGAAAAAACCCAACAAGACGACCUCGCUCGGCUCCGCCCACAAAGGUAGCAUGUCUAUCAGUGCACUUGAGGAUGCCCCCAGUAAGAUGGUGACGCUACAGAAGGGCGUUGCUAAUCAGGGAAUGGGGGAGGAUCAAUUGAGCCCACUCAGUAAGGUGCGCAUGGAGGAUCUGGUUGGUGCUGCAGAAUUUGUGCCUGGUCAACUGUACAUAGGCUCCGUGCCACCAACGUACUCAGCUGCAGCCCUCUCUGGUGUGGGCUCCGAGAACGUAGAACCUGGCCUGACCGCUACCAGUCAAGACGAGGCACGGUAUAGUGAGGACAUGCUGUGCCCCUUUGCGCUGCGAGGGACGUGCCGUUACGGUGAGAACUGUAAGUUCUUGCAUGGUGAGGUGUGCGACAUGUGCGGAUCAGCCUGUCUCAUCACCAACGAUCCUGUACAGAACAAACGUCACCGUGAAUUAUGUUUAGCAGCGCACGAGAAGAGCAUGCAGGAAGCGUUUGCAUUCCAGCACAGCAGGGAAGUCCUGUGCUGCAUCUGCAUGGAGGUGAUUCUAGAGAAAUCACCCGCCAAGGAACGCAAGUUUGGUCUCUUGUCAAACUGCAACCACCCCUACUGCUUGUCUUGUAUACGUAAAUGGCGCAGCGCCAAGCAGUACGAGAAGAAAGUCGUAAGAGCAUGCCCAACUUGCCGUGUACCAUCACCGUUUGUUACACCGAGUGAUUUCUGGGUGGACGAACCAGAAGAAAAGAAGCGAGUGUUGGAAAGAUACAAAGAAGCAUUAAGUAAAAAAGAGUGCAAGUAUUUCAAGCAGGGUUUGGGAACAUGUCCAUUCGGUGCAGAAUGCUUCUACCUCCAUGCCUACCCUGACGGAACGAAGGAAGACCGUACAAAAGCCCGUCAGUUCACCGGGGGGGACGGCAAGGUCAAGACUCACCGCUCCUUCUCGCUCUGGGAGUUUUUUGAAGAGCGGGAAAGCCGUUUCAUGGACUGGGACAGUGAUGAUGAUGACGACUGGUUCCUGUACUACGAUUGGUCAGAUGAUUUUGACUUUAGCGACGUUGAGGACCACGGACUCUGGAGCGACUAUUUAGAGUUCUUUGGCUCAGGCGAGAGCUCUGAUGAGUACAGCGAGGAUGAGGAACGGGAGGUUGCAGAUAGUGUGCAUGUUGCCACGCCAACCAUUGCCAUGGCGGCAGCAUCGAUACAAGGCGCGGCCGCCGCAUCGUUGGAUACCGAUGAGGAAGGGGAGGCGGGAAGUGGUUCAGGUGAGAAGGUGUAUGGCGCUGUUGCCGUAGCCGUUGACGAUGACAAAGAUGAUUAUGAUGACGAUGAUUCGGAUGAUUCUGAUUCAUUAUAAUAUGGGUUGGUUCCUUUCUGCUUCUGACAGAGGAUUUAAGAAUUGAGAAUACUUGUAGCGUAGUAUAUUGCAUGACUCUAUAAUUAUGCAAAAACAGAGUUAGGAGCUGGCUGUACAAAUGGGUGCUUUCGAUCAGCUCACCAAGAUCGACUCGGGUUAGCCCCAUGCCGUUCGAUUAGCUCUGACGUCAUUCUCGGGGCUCACCCGGGACAGCCACCACAGACCCUGCUUGUGGAGCAGAGUCAGUGGUGAAAAUACGUCACACGCAUGCAUUGUUCAUUCCAAGAAACGGACAAAUAUGGCAGCCGUGCAGCGGAAAUCUCAAGUGGACCCAAAACUCAACUUUAUUUUAAGUCUAAAGGUAAUUAGUUAUUGAGUUCAUUGCGACUUUAGAGGCUAUAUUUCCAGCCCAAUUUUUUUGAGUUUUGCACGUGACUGAAAAGCAGUCAAUUUCAAACUAAGACCCAGUCCGAAACGAGCAUUUUGUCAGUGGCUAUGGCAGCGGCUAUGAACAUCACGUGAGGAUCGUGAUGGCUCGCGGUUGAGCAUUCAAUUAGCCCGACGGUCGUGGCUAACCUGUCUGCCUUGGCUAACCUAUCUGCCUUUACCCUCGAUCCGGGUGAUUUACUGGAAUGCACCCAAGAUUUGACAAUAGUCACUCGUUCGUGUAUAUCAUUCCGUGAAGAAUAUGAAUUGAAACAUGUUACCGAUGAUCAAAUGGUUGGACAAAUCAACUUUACAUCUAUUGGAGGUUGGAUUUUCCUUUCUGACUCGUCACUAACCUUCAAAAUGUAGAGGUUUUUAAUUUUUGGAUAAGAAUACAAACAAUUUAUGUUUUGCAAGUCCAUCAUUUUUGCACAUUUUUUUUUUUUUUUACUCUGGUAAUUAUGGUGCUUCCAUAUGUAUCUCAGGACAAACACGUCAUUUGGUAGCGGCUGAUUCCCUUUACGUAUUCUAUUAUUAUUUUUUUUUUUUAUUGGUAAAUCAUAGAGAAAAGUCACUAAUCAACGUGCUCUGACACUGUGGAGAAAUGAAAGUGAACAUGCAUACCUUAAUGACAAUUUAAUUUUAAUAAAAUCACAAUUAUAAAACUGGCAAUAUUCUUCUCAGAAUUGUGCACAAAAAGGUAUAUGCUAUCGUUUGCAGAUUUUGGGUAUCGUGCAGUUGAACAUGAAACAGACCAUUUCACGCUUUGCAUUUUUUCCUCGCGUGAAAUCAAAUUCCAAAAAUGAUUAUUACUAGUCAUAUUUGUGUUUGCUUUUUUUAUUUGCAUCUUUCAUUUUACUGCAGAGCAUGCCCGAUUUUUGCACCGCACGUCAGACCCAUCUCGCCCAAGCAAAGACUGCAUAUACCUUUAAAAGUAGCAUUUCUUGGUGAAGGUGAUGGUGAGUUAUAAAAAAAUUUACAAAACUGACUUAGAAAUUUUCAACUUGAAAUACAACCAAGCAAGAUUUCAGACACGAGCCAAAAUUAAAUGUGAAAAUGAUUUGAAACUGUUCAACUUGAAAUAUGAUAUUUCAGUCGAUUGUUGGUUCAAUGCAUGUGGGGCAUCAGAUUCACCAAAUGUGAGACUAAUGUUCUCUUUAUAAGAUGGAAUUUUGCGUCGGGUUGAUAUAAAUCAAAUUAGGUUUUGCCCUUCACCGACGUUUUUUAAACACUGUAUACUCAGUGUGUUACCUCCCGAGUGAAAGUUGGAAAAAAUCACUCGGGUGGGACUCAAACCCAAUGUUCUCUUUUCUUUAAAUCGUAACUGAUGCCUCCCACCCGAGACACUUGCUUGAUACCAGUGACAAGUACAAUUCAAGGAAGGAGACAAAAAUCGCUAGUGACCUCCCGAAAUCUGUAAUGUUAACGACAUUUAUAGGAAGAAAGUGCAUAGGUUUAGAGAUGAAGCUUGUGGUAUGUAGACGUAUGUAAGUAUGGUUGUAUCAGAAUGUGUACCGAUUAAAAGAUUGUAUGCUUAAUCAGACAAGCAGGUACAUUGUAUCAAACAUUAUGUGGUUUACCUGACUGAAUAUUAAAAAGUGUCCUUUUCUAGAACUGUACGCCUGAUUAAAUCAGUACAAAUAGGGAAUUGCUGUUAAUGUUAAUGCAUGACCAAAAACUCUCAAAACGUCUGACUAGUUUGAAAAAAGCAAAUUUUCUGACCUUUUCGAAUUGCUCAAUUUUUAAAUUGGUACUUUUUUGGUACUUGGUGAUGACUUGCGCGCCAACAAUCUUUGAUUAAAAGAGGCAAACAUUUUCAAUUUUCGGCAGCUGAAAUCAGGAAUGUUGUUUUUAUCGGAUUAUUAAACUUGACAUGGACAAAUGCAUAACCUGUCUAAAACAUUCGUCUAUCUAUAAAAAAAGCUUCAAAUUGUCAGCAACGUGUCCAGAUUGUCUUGAGAAAUAGCAAGAUCAAGAUUGCAUAUGAAAAUCAAUGACAAUUCUGUUUCAUUCGAUUUUCUCCUCUGAAAAUCAUUGUGGGUUGAGGUGUUAAAUGUGUGAGGAAAUUAAAGGAAGUUUUUGUAAUGUUGGAAUUAUAAGUCUACUCACAAUUCCAGUCCUAAUUCUGACUGCUUUUCUCUGACUUUUUUUCCCCCCUGAUAUACGAUAAUUAGCCCAAUUUCCUUGUAAAAAUUGCGGAAGAAUGUCUUCAGAACUGUGGUAUGAAGCAACAACCUCUAUUUUCAAACCCAUUAGACAAAGACAAUUUAAUAAAUUGUAGUUUCUGGAGGUGGUGUAUGUAAAACAAAAAUGUUUGGACAACACAAUGUCCAUUGUACGUGCAUUAUUACUGCAAGAUUAGAAUGAAUUGAAUGUAGGGCUGAAACUCUUUGGUAUGUGGUAUGUUAAGUUUAACGGUCAUAUACGUCUUGGGAUUUUAUUAAAAUAUUAUAUUAUGUAUUACUGCAGCCAUUGUGCACUUGUUAUAUACAAAUCCUAUCCCAAUGAAUUGUUCAUUAUUUGAUUACAAUUUAAUAAAAUAUUCAUCUAUAACUUACAAAGCA